AUGUUCCAGAAGCUCUUCCUCGUUGUGCUUUUGUCGUGCGCGUCGUUGGUGACGUCCCACUACACCUACCCUGAGCUGCUCAUCAACGGCAGGGGUACGGGCCAAUGGGUCAACGUCCGAAGGACUGACAACUUCCAGAGCAACAACCCUGUGACCGAUGUCAACAGCAUUAACUUCCGAUGCUACAACCAAGGCACUAGGUCCACUGCUCAAACCGCCACCGUCGCUGCUGGCUCCCGAAUUGGCUUCACUGCCAACCCCUCUGUGUACCACCCUAGUGUUACCAACAUCUACAUGGCCAGGGCUCCUGGUAGCGUUGCCAACUGGGACGGAAGCGGUGCUGUCUGGUUCCGAGUCCAUGAAAUCUCUGCCAACACCAACGGUGGCACUCGCAUGACCUUCCCCUCGGAAGGUGGCUCCCGUGUCGAAUUCGACCUCCCCCGAAGCCUUCCCAGCGGUGAAUACCUCGUCCGAAUUGAGAACAUCGCCUUGCACGGCGCCUCUGGAUUCGGUGGUGCUCAGUUCUACAUCAGCUGCGCCCAGAUCAACGUCACUGGCGGUGGCAACGGCAAUCCUGGUCCCUUGGUCUCCAUCCCUGGUGUCUACAACGGUCGUGAGCCCGGAAUCAUGCUUAACAUCUACUACCCCGUCCCUCAGACCUACGUCAUGCCCGGCCCCCCCAUCUGGCGCGGCUAA